UUAAAUGUAGACUCUUAUAUUUUCUAAACUUCCGCUAUUCGGCUAGUUUACAGUUUGCUAUAAAGUGUUGCAAUGCAGGUUUCCACCACUGGAGUGAGCAUCAUAAUUGACUAUCGUGGUGUUGACAGUUUGUUUUAAACGCAUUAAACAUUUAUGUUAAUGCGAGUAAACGGGGUUGUUGUGCAUUAUAUUUGCUGUAUAAUAUAUUUACAUUAAACUGUCUAAUGCCACACAGUAAAGGCAUGACAAGAGCCCGCCCUAUCCGGUGGGCGGGAUGACGUGAUUGGUGGGCAGCCACUGAGAGAAGUCCUGAGGGUGCAUGACUGUUGCAAUUUGAAAAGUCAGGCAACAAACUUGUACAACCGCAGUUGGUGAGUUUUUGCUGUCAUUCUAUGAAAACCUAACAUUUAUUUCGUUGAUUUCGUCAUAUUUAAAGGGUCAACUGUGGGAUUUAAGUAGAAAGCGCAGAAAAGCCAGAGUUGAGUACACAUUUACUGUCGCUUUGGUGCUACUUUGUUGCUAGGUUUUACGCCACAUCCGGUUGUCGGCCCCGCCUUAGAGAGAUGGCGUAAACAAGCGUGUUUGGAAGUAGCUCUGUAAAAUUAGAGAAGAAAGGCCGUAUACGGCCACAAUUUAUACUGAUAUCAGCGUUAAAGCACUCCUGAAACUCGACAAUUCCGCUUCAGCUCGCCGGCUAGCUUCUAGCAUCCCGGAAGUAGUGCGUAAAAUGCGGCGAAAAAUUGGCUCUGGAGUGCAAACAGUGCAGCGAAACAUAUACACGAAUGUAUUCGAGCAAAGUGAUUUGGUGUAAGCACGCAAAUUAUCAUCAUGUGUGAUUAUGUCCGUCUUUCAGCGACUAAUGUCUGCUUUGCACAAUAAAAAGUCAAGGCUAAAUGCCCCUGACAUAACCUAAAGCCUCCUUCUCAGUUUGUGCGCGCGCAUGCAGGGAUGGGCGCUCAGAACUCUUCAGUGGAGGGCGUGCACGUGGUGGUGGUGGGCGGGGGCUUUGGGGGCAUAGCAGCAGCCCAGCAGCUGAAGCAUGGAGGCAUGAGCUUCACUUUGAUUGACAUGCGGGACGCCUUCCAUCACAACGUGGCUGCCUUAAGAGCGUCCGUGCAGCCAGGAUUUUCCCGGAGGACCUUCAUCCCGUACGCUGACACAUUCGGAGACAGUUUUCUUCAGGGUCGGGUGGAGCGAGUCGACACUGAGCGCCAAGUGGUGGUCCUGCAAGGAGGGAGGGAAGUCCGCUUUUCACACCUCAUCCUGUGCACGGGAACUGAUGGGCCUUUUCCCGGGAAGUUCAACACGGUGGCGUCGUAUGAGAACGCCAUUCAGGCUUACGAGGACUUUGUCAAGCAGAUUCAGAUCGCUGACUCCGUGCUGGUGGUGGGCGGAGGCUCGACCGGCGUGGAGAUGGCGGCUGAGAUCAAGACAGAAUAUCCACAAAAGAAGGUGGUUCUGGUCCACGCCCGAGUCGGCCUAGCUGACCCGGACCUCCUGACCAGCGUGCGGCGCCAGGCCAAGGAGGUUCUUCUGGAAAAAGGAGUGGAGCUCCUGCUGGGUCAGAAAGUGUCCAACCUCUCCAGCCUGACUUUAAAUGUGACUCAGAAGAACAUGGAGGUCACCACGGAGAACGGAACCAUACUGACCACGGACCUGAUCAUCAACUGCAGCGGACUGAAGGUCAACUCAGCCGCCUACGUGUCCAACUUCGCUGGAAGUUUGGCACAAAAUGGCGCUCUGAGGGUCAACCAGCAUCUGCAGGUGGAAGCCUUCUCCAACAUUUACGCCGUGGGUGACUGCACCGACGUGCCAGAACCCAAAACGGCGUACCUGGCCGGGCUGCACGCUGGCGUCGCAGUCGACAACAUCAUCAAAAGUGUGAGCGGGAAGCCGCUGACCUCGUACCGCACAGGCAACGUGACCAUGCUGCUGGCCAUGGGACGGGACGACGGCGUCGGCCAGUUUAACGGCCUCAGGUUACCUCGCUGCCUGGUUGCCAUAGCGAAGAGUCGAGACCUGCUGGUAUGGAAGAGCUGGAAGGACAUGGGCCAGGUGCAACCCUGACAUGUACAUUGAUUGAUUGAUUGAUUGACAUUUGCUGUGUACACAUGAAACCCGAACAAAGCAAUGUUGUAUCAUUGAUCAUUAAUGAACCUGCUCAUCACACAAAGUCACAAACAAUCAGAAGAAACUCUUGAAGACAUAUCCAGCACGGAGCCAUCAUUUGUCUUUUGAAAACAGGAGGCAUCGUGUUCCCAUGGCAACAUGGCAGGCAAACAGCAGGGGCAUUAAAUGAUCAGUAAAGUCACUGGAGGACAAUUCAUAGAGUUAGUUUGACUGCCCCCAACGAUCUGGGGCUCUGUGAAAUGGGGUACCCCUGUCAAUCAUCACUACUACUACUAAUACUACUGCUACUACUACUGCUACUAUGUUCUACUUCUGUCUGCCACGGGCCCUAAACCUGGUUUAUGCUUCUGCGUCAUCACUUGCCGUUCCUUCCAACGCCAACCCCUCCAAUAUAACCCCGCCCCCACACCGACCCCUCCAGUGCCGUCUUUCAUCUGUUGAGGCGUGCAAUUCUCUGGCAAAGCAUCGGGGGCAGCGUUUGAGACAAGCCAGUGAGCAACCACAACUCCCACUGACUAUUUAGCUGGUUAGCUUCCUUGGUCUCCAGUGAACAAAGGGAGAAGCUGGGAUUAUGCUUCACGUAUUCGCCAAGUUAGGUCACUUUUGCAACUUUUGCAACCACGCCCCUCCAUGCACCUUGGAAAUCUUCCAACUUUGUGGAUGAGCAAGGUUGGAAAAUACAGACAUCUUAAUGAUUGGGCUCAUAAAGAUCUCCGAUAUCAACAGAUUGUCAAUAAUUAUUGGAGAGAAAUCGCUGCUUGGAAGAUACGAGGAGGCAGUAAAAGAAAGUUGGAGAAAUUUAAGCGACCGAUAUGUGAAGGCAAGGAAGGACGCUAAAGGGAAAGAUCCAGGAGGAGCAUGAAUGCACCACCAAUUCUUAAAGAGACGGGUUGGCUAUCAUCCUUUAUCAAACACUGAGAAGAAGUUUGAAGCUCAAACGCUUUCUACUUCUAAUCUAGUAUAUUGUUGUACACAUGCUGUAGAUGUACUACACCGCCCCCUAUCGUCUGGGAAAAUAUGCGCUAACAUGACGCACCGACUAUAAAUGUUGCUAACGUUGUCUCUGAGUUAAGCAUGCUAAGCUAAUCGAUAUGUUGCAACAUUUGGUUGAUUUAUGGUGUGGUCCAAAAUAAAAGUUCUUCUAUGAAA